CGUAAGACCAGGUUGUCGAUUCCGAAUUGCUGAUCCGACAAUUCUCAUCUCCCUUGCCACGAACCGCGUCGCUCGAAGUGCUGGCUGGGCGAUCCUGCACACACUCAGUGGACUUAGUCAACCGCUCGCACUCAUAGGCCGUACAUCAUGGGUGGUCCGAACCUCGAGGUGUUCAAGUUUGCCAUCUAUGUCUUCCUCCCUGUCGCGGUGAUGAUGCACUACGGUGACCCUGACUGGUACAAUCGCCACGUCUUGACGUACAGGGACAAAAUCUUCCCGCCGGAGGAACGACUCGUUACGAACCUCCCCACCAAUCAUGAUGCACUGAAGGAGGAACUCGCAAGAUACAAAGCGCGCAGAGCUGAAAGACAGGCAGAACGGCGGAGAGAGGCGUCUGCUGCUUCAGAGUCCAGUACGAGCGAGCGUCUUCUGUGAUUAGCGAAAAGGAGUUCGGCGCUCGUUUGCACAAGAAAUGGUCCGUGUAUCACCAAUAUGCAGCAACAUACAUAUCUAUCAUGCAUUGUUAUAGCUUUCCUGCUCGAUACGCCUGCUAUUGUACCACUACUCUGUCUCAUUUCUCCACGUUCCAUUGCUCGCCAUUGCACAGCACUGUCCACUGUCCACCGCGCCCUGCGUCUGCCUCAAGAAGCUUCUUGUACUCUUCCAUCUCCUCCAACGAAAUCUUGAACCCACCACAGACUAUGAAGACCGCCGUUCUCGGCGUCGCCGUUGACGGCCGCGGUAAAAGCUUGUUGAAUAAAUC